UUAGGCCACUGAAACAACGUACCCAUGUUCCCGGCCUGACACUCCAAAAAUAGAGAGAGUUUUUUUUUUUAGUGAGAGAGAUGGCAGAAGAAACUACAGAGUUAGCAACGCUUGAAUACACACCAACAUGGGCAGUGGCAACUGUGUGCUUCGUUUUGAUAUCUGUUUCCAUACUUAUUGAGUACUGCCUUCAUCUCUUAACCAAGUAUUUCAACAAGAAGAGGAGAAAAUCUCUCAUUCAAGCCCUUGACAAGAUUAAAUCUGAUUUGAUGCUGUUGGGGUUUAUCUCUCUGUUGCUUACUGUUUUCGAAAAGCUAAUUGCAAAUAUCUGUAUACCCAAAAGUGUCGGUGAAACUUUUCUUCCAUGUGGAAGCUUUGAGAGUGAUGAUGAGGAAGAAACCAAAUGUGCAGAGCAGGGAAAGCUUUCCUUGGUGUCCAGAAAUGGUGUCCAGCAACUCCAGAUGUUAAUCUUUGUGCUGGCCUUCUUCCAUGUUUUCUCUGCCUUCCUCACAUUCAGUCUUGGAAUUGUUAAGAUGAAAAAAUGGGAGUCUUGGGAGGCUGAAACAAGAACAUUGGAGUAUCAGUUUUCAAACGAUCCCCGGAGGUUCCAACUCAUCCAUCAAACAUCAUUUGGAAGGAGGCAUCUGAGGUUUUGGAGUGAACAUCGGUAUCUUCGUUUGCCGGCUUGUUUCCUUCGCCAGUUUUUUGGGUCAGUCUCCAGAGUAGAUUAUCUCAUUCUUCGACAUGGAUUCAUUACGGCACAUUUUUCAGCAGGAAGCAAUUUUGACUUCCAAAAGUAUUUAAGAAGAGCUUUGGAGAAAGAUUUUGGUGUGGUUGUGGGAAUUAGCCUCUGGAUAUGGAUCUUCUCGGUGCUUUUCAUAUUCCUCAAUGCACACUUAUUCUACAACUAUUAUUGGCUUCCCUUUAUUCCAUUAGUGAUGCUGCUUGUGAUUGGGACAAAGCUACAGAGUAUCAUCACAAAGAUGUGCUUAGAUAGCAAUGAUAAAUCUAAUGUUGUUAGAGGAACUUUGCUUGUUAAGCCCAGUGACCACUUUUUCUGGUUUGGUCGACCGAAACUACUUCUCCACCUCAUGCACUUCAUUUUAUUUCAGAACUCCUUUCAACUGGCAUUCUUCACAUGGUCUUGGUACAAAUUUGGGUUAAGAACUUGCUUCCACCGAGAAACUGAGAAUAUCGUCUUGAAGCUUGCCAUGGGACUGUUGGUUCAUAUCCUUUGUGGCUAUGUAACUCUGCCCCUAUUUGCUUUGGUUACACAGAUGGGUACAACAAUGAGGAAAGCUGUUUUCACAGAGGGAGUGGUAAAAGGUCUAAAAAGAUGGCGAGCCAAAGCCAGGAAAAAAUUGGCUCGUAGGAAUGCCUACUUUACACAGACCUCAGUGGAUGCUUCGCUUGACACUUCAGUGGGUACCUCACCUUCUUUUAGUACUCUUGACAAUUCAUUUUCCGUAGGCCGGCUGGAUCAUACAUAUCCGGAUGAAGGCUUUGGGGCUGUUGAAAUAAGUGAGGAGGACAGUGUAGCUCGAAGACGGCCUGAGCAGCAUCAGAAGCUGGGAUCUUUUGAGGGUUUUGACACCAGCAAAACGUGAUAGAUUUUCUCUUCCGUUGAUAUAGCAUGUACAGUUGUUAUUAUAUAUGGCUAUUCAUUGAUAUCUUUUGAUUUAGUUAGCUAUAUAGCAUUUGUAAUUUAAUUACUAUGAUGUUUGGAUUGUUUUCAAGUCCAAACAAUAGGGAUUUGUAGGUUGGCUCAUCAGUCCAUAUUGUAUUCUAUAUACAUUGCCUCGUUGAUUUAGUUAAUUAGUGCUUAGUUAAGCUUAUUCAUUGAAUAA